AUGCCUAUGACACUGGGUUACUGGGACGUCCGCGGGUUGGCUUUGCCCAUCCGCCUGCUCCUGGAAUACACUGGCACCAGCUAUGAGGAAAAACAUUACACCAUGGGGGACGCUCCCGACUAUGACCAAAGCCUGUGGCUGAAUGAGAAAUUCAAGCUGGGCCUGGACUUCCCCAAUCUGCCCUACCUGAUUGACGGCACUCACAGGCUCACCCAGAGCAACGCCAUCGUGCGCUAUCUUGGCCGCAAGCACAACCUGUGUGGGGAGACGGAAGAGGAGAAGAUUCGCGUGGACAUUUUGGAGAACCAGGUUAUGGACAACCGCUGGCAACUCAUCAUGGUCUGCAAGAGCCCUGAUUAUACCCUCUCCUGCAAAAUCGUGUCUGUGGGUGCUGACAGCUGUUUGCUCCCUCAGGAAAAGCUGAAGCCUGACUACCUGAAGGGCCUCCCAGACAAGCUGACACUGUACUCCCAGUUCCUGGGGAAGCGGCCCUGGUUUGCAGGGCACAAGAUCACCAUUGCCGAUUUCCUCGUCUAUGAUGUCCUCGACCAGAACCGUAUUUUUGCUCCUGGUUGCCUGGAUGCGUUCCCAAACCUGAAGGAUUUCAUGGCUCGAUUUGAGGGCCUGCCGAAGAUGGCUGCCUACAUGAAGUCCAGCCGCUUCAUCAAGGUCCCUCUGUUUCUAAAGGCCUCCUGGACUGGAAAAUAGGGCUCUGUAGUGAA